AUGUCAGAGAAUCGAGCAAAUUCUUCCACAAACAUUAAGACCCGUUUGCCUGAUUCCGUCUUGUCACAGUAUGUAGAUGUCGUGAUUCAUUGCGGUGACCUUACAGAAGAAUCAAAGCUCGACGAGUUCAGAGCUACUAUUCGAUUUCUCCAGGCCGUGAAUGCUCCUCUAAAACUCGUGAUUGCUGGGAACCAUGAUUGGACAAUGGAUAUUCCCAAAUUCGAAAGAAAGGUCGCAGAAGUCAGACCCCCCUUAGACCCUCAGCUCGUUCAGGAAAUAUACGGCUACCAAGGAGAAUCUCGAAAGCUAGUAUGUGAGCCUAGUACUGGAACAAAUUUUCUUGAUAGAGGCACAUAUUCCUUUCAGCUUAAAAAUGGUGCUUUAUUAAAAGUCUACGCUAGCCCAUACACACCAGCUUUCGGCGCAUGGGGCUUUCAGUAUAACCCAAAUCAGGGACAUGAAUUUUCUAUUCCAUAUGCUGAUGUUGUGAUAACACACGGUCCACCAAAAGGUAUUAUGGAUGGUCAACGAGCAGGCUGUCCAUAUCUUUUCGAGGAAAUUGCCCGAGCCCGGCCUCGGAUGCAUUGUUUUGGACAUAUACAUCAUGGAUGGGGUGUCAAAUUAGUUACUUGGCGAAGUAAGAUUAGCGACAAGCCUUCACACUUGACUGACAUCGAUAACGGAAAGUCUGUCCUUAUUAAAAGACUUAACACUCUGCGGCCGGAGGAUUUAAAGGUACUUUCUGCUUGUGUAGCCAGCCACUACUGA